AGGAAGCACUAAUGGCUCUAUCAAUGGCUUCACACACUGCACCAGAGGCCUUCAAACUAAGGCUUGCAUUCCCACAGCGACAUGAAGUUUUUCCAAAAGAUUGUAAACCCCAGGACGGUAGAGCCAAGGCGGCAGACCCAGCCACCAGUACGGCAGUUGCAUCGGAGCAUCUUUUGAAUCAGAGCGACGAGAGCUGCGGGCAGGAGGAGCAGACACCUGGCGCCCAGCCUUGCCGCCUCGUUACGAUGACCAGCGUGGUUAAGACAGUGUGCGCACCGCAGCCUCCCUCUGUGCUGAGCGGCGGCCCACCCGCAGACACACAAACUCGAGCCACCUCUAAGAGCCUGUUACCUGUUAAGUCCAAAGAAGUCGAUGUUUCCAGACAUCUUCAUUCAGGAAGUUCAGAGAGUGAUGUUACAAAAAUCAUCAAACCAAGACGAGAGACUGGGCAGGUGAAAGUUGCAGAAACUACCGUCAAAAGGAACGUCAAAAAGAGUUACAAACCAUGGAGUAAGCAGAAAUCAGAGGAAGAGCUCAAGAAUAAGAACCAGCUCUUAGAGGCUGUCAACAAGCAGUUGCACCAGAAGUUGACUGAAACUCAGGAAGAACUGAAGGACCUGACCCAGAAGGUGGAGCUGCUGGAGAAAUUUCAGGACAACUGUUUGGCAAUUUUGGAGAGCAAGGGCCUUAAACCAGUUUUAGGCAGUGAGACCCUGGCAUCACAGCAAGAAUCCACCACGGAUCACACGGACUCUAUGGUGAGGGCACAGUUGCUGUUAGAAACUUUGCAAGAUGAGCUGAAGCUUUUUAACGAAACAGCCAAAAAGCAGAUGGAGGAGUUACAGGCCUUAAAAGUAAAGUUGAAGAUGAAAGAAGAAGAGAGGGCCCGGUUCCUGGAACAGCAGACCUUAUGUAAUGGUCAAGUAAAUGAUUUUACAACAGCUCUUCAGGAAAUGGAGCAACUAUUAGAAAUGUGAUAAAAAGCAGUGGCCGCAUGGCUCCCUCUUGGGGAUAAGCUCUCAGAGGAAGCCACUAAAGACAUCGGCUUUUGGCCAUGAUCUUCUAAGACUCACCAUCCCCAGAAUGGAAACAGUUUCUGCAGGAUUAAGGAUAGUUUGUGCUGAAAUGGCAGUUCCUCCUUUAAGCAAAAGUACCCAACUUCCAGAUGGGCCAGCUCUUCUGACCCUCACAUGUAAAUAAUUGAGGUCUACAAGAGCGGGUCCUGGAAGCAUGGAUCAACUACUAGGCAACAAAGCAGUACACUGCUAGAAUCAAGAGACUAAACCAGCCACAGCCAGAGGAUCCAAAAGGUCACAUUCAAAUGUGCGGGAAGAAGCCCUUAAUUGUGCAGUGGAGCACAGGUGCUCCACAGGAGACAUCAUUAAGAAGCCAUGCUGUCCUCUUCUGACUUGGAGCACGUUCUGUCCCAUCCUGAUUGGGCUCUAUACCUCAUUGUAAAUUUAUGAACUUGAAGUUACUUGAAAUGGCUUAAUAAAUGGGGUGAAGGAAUAGAUAGCAAUAACACCUACCUGAAACAGUACACCUUGGAGCUUUUAAUCUAAAUCACUUC